AUGAGUCUUGCAUUACAUGAUCUGCUCAUUUGCUGUCGUCGCCUUGAAAAUGAGAAAGCUGUGGAGCGAAGGAAGGAAAUUGAAAAUUUCAAGCGGCUUCUCCGUGAUUCUGAAACAGUUCUCCAGCUGGACCGGAAUUCUGAUUCUAAACAAGGAAAGCAACUCAACUGGGAUGCUGUAUUUAGUGUCUUACAGAAAUAUUUCCAGAAAGAAAUGAAGAACCUGCAACUGACGAAACCAAAUGCAUCUGCUUCAACCCAAACGACCAGACAGAAAAAGAUGCAAGAAGUUGGAAGUUUGGUCAAAUAUUUCAUAAGAUGUGCUAAUAAAAGAGGACCCAGACUGAAAUGUCAGGAACUUCUGAUUUAUGUCAUGGAAAUUAUAAGAGAUCCAACAAGUUGCGCUGCUUAUGGAUCUGACUGCAGUAGUAUACUCCUGAAAGAUAUCCUCUCAGUUAGGAAAUACUGGUGUGAGAUAUCCCACCAGCAGUGGUCAGAGUUGCUGAUCCUUUAUAGCCACUUAUACCUCAGACCUUCUGGGAAGAUUAACAGAGUCUUGGUGGCUCGGAUAAUUCACACACUUAUGAGGGGGUACUGCUUCCAGACUGAUGUGCUGAGUUCCGAUAUGUUUAUCUUCUUUUCAAAAGCAAUGCAGUGUGCGAGACAAGAGAAAAGUAGUGCAGGCCUGGAUCAUAUUCUUGGAGCAAUGAAUAUCUUCUGCAAUAAGUUUGCUGCCAACUGUCGCAUACGGAUUUGUAAAAUAGGGGAAGAAAUCUUGCCUACGGUGCUUUAUAUAUGGACUCAGCAUAGACCAAAGGAUUCUCUAAAGGAAUCAAUAAUUGAUUUAUUUCGUCUCCAAGUUCUUUUUCAUCAUCCAAAGGGUGCAAAAACUCAGGAAAAAGGUGCAUAUGACUCAACAAAGUGGCAAAGUAUCUUACAUAACCUCUAUGAUCUGCUGGUUAAUGAAAUAAAUCUCGUUAGCAGCAGAGGAAAGUACUCUUCAGGCUCCCGUAAUGUUGCAGUAAAGGAAAAUUUGAUUGAGUUAAUGGCUGAUAUUUGUCAUCAGGUUUUUACGGAGGAUACCAAAGUUAUGGAAAUUACCCAGUCGUAUGCUAUUUCACAGAGAGAGUCCAGUGAUGAAACAGUACCAAGCAAGCGCAGGAGGAUUGAACUAGGUUGGGGGGUAAUUCGAGACAACCUUCAACGAUCACAGAAGGAUUUUGAUAUCAUACCUUGGUUACAGGUUACAGCUCAAUUGAUAUCAAAGUAUCCCAUGAGUCUUCCUACCAGUGAGUUACCUCCCUUACUCAAUGUACUUCACCAGUUACUGCCUCAGCAGCGCCGAGGAGAAAGGACCCCAUAUGUGCUGAAGUGUCUUACAGAGGUAGCUUUGUGUCAAAACCAGAAAAAUGAUUUGAAGAGCACCCACAAGUUGGAGCUCCAGAGAACCUGGGCAAAGAUUUGGUCUCUUACCAUUCGUAGCGUAAGUUUCCAGCAAAUUGAAGUGGAGAGCUUUGGGCUACUUGGAGCUAUGAUUCAAGGAAACCUUGUUGUUACAGAUAAAGAGCUCUGGAAGAUAUUUUCAGGACCGGCAUACAAGCCUUCAAGUUCUGCUGUAUGUUGUUUAUCAUUACUGAUGUCUGCCUAUUUAGUGCCAGAAAAUUUAGACAUAGGAGUGGAACAGAAUAAUUGUGAAAGAAGUCUGGAUUCUGUGUUAAAAGAGGCAAUAAUGAAAUGGAUUCUGUCCUGCUCUUUGGAGGAAGAAAUGGAAGAAUGUACAGAGUUGCCUCCUGUGCUCUGCAGUGAUUUUCCUCAUCUUAUAUUACAAAAAAUUCUUGUGAGCCUUACAAUGAAGAACUGUAGAGCUGCCAUGAUGUUUUUUCAAAAUGAUGCCAAAUGUGUGCAACACUUGCAAGGGAAAGAAGACAACAGUUUUUCUGAUGUUGAAGAGCUGUAUCUGCAGACAACAUUUGACGACAUGGAUAUUUUCGCUAACUUUGCAGUAAAUGUUGUAGAUAAAAAUGCGACUGGUUCAAGACUUGCCAUCAACCAGAACCUUAGGGAAACACUGGAGUACUGUCUUUUAGCAAUGUCCGAAAAGCUUUUAAGCAUCUAUGCUCCUAAGGUUGUUGCUGCAGAACACCUUGUCCGAUGUGUCAGUCUCUUGAUUGGUGUUCUUGGUUGCUAUUGCUACACUGGUGUAGUUAAAGAAGAGGAUGCCUGUAAAUCAGAGUUGUUCCAGAAAGCUAAGUCUCUCAUUCAUUAUGCUGGAGAAAGCAUCUCUCAGUCUAAAAACAAACUAAAUGAAGAUGCCCAGAUCAACUCACUGAGGACUUUGAUAAUGCAGUGUACAAAAUGUCUGUGCAAUUGUACCAAGAACAGUGCUAAGAAGAUACUGUCUAAUAUAUUCCUGCGUUUGUUAACAUCAAAAUUUAUGAAUGAUCUUGUAGAUAUUUGUAAAACUCUGAUGACAUUUACUGGAAAACCAGGUGAACUGGGAGAAGUGGAUCCAAUGGGGAAUGAUCCAGAGGAGAGUAUAAUGGAAGUAGAUAACCAGGUAUCUGAUGAUCUAUUUGAUGAUCAUUCAGUGAGUGACGUCAGUGACACAAACGAAUCUGGUGAGAUGCAAAAUGUGACAGGUGCAUUGUGCCCAUUGGCUGAAGAACAGUUGACAAAGCAGGAUUUACUUCUCCUUGAAAUUCUGAGAUUCUUAUGUAUUUGUGUAACCACAGUCCAAAUUCAGACAGUGAGCUUUCGAGCAUCCGAUAUAUGCAGGAAGCUGUUAAUGCUUACUGAUGGCACUGUCUUUGAUAGUGCUAAGCCAGUGCAUCUGCACAUGUACUUGGUCCUUUUGAAGGAGCUCCCUACUGAGGAACACUUCCUGCCUGAAGAUGAUCUUCUUAUGCUUCUUAGACCUCUUUCUGCUGUGUGUUCUUUGUACCAUCGAGAUCAAGAAGUUUGUGAAGUAAUUCUGAAUAGUUUGCUUCCUGUAGCAGUAGGGCUGGCCCAGUCCAACGCACAUGUUGAAGAGACAAGUUAUGCUCAGGGACAAUUUUUGACAGUUGUUGGAGCCUUUUGGCAUUUAAGUCAAGGAGGGAAAUGCACAGCACCAGUAAGAGUGGCCCUUUUAAACUGCAUGAAAGCCCUGCUUGAGGCUGAUCCUCAUUGCAAGUGGGCGAUCCUUAAUGUAAGAAAUGAAGAUCUACGUGUGAGUGAUGCUUUCCCACAUUUACUUGCAGAUAGUCACCAUCAAGUUCGCAUUCUUGCUGCAAAGUCAAUUACCAGUUUGUUUCAAGAUGUGAAACAGAGAGAUUCUUCUGGAAUGUCAAAACCUCUUCCCUUGAAGCUCCAGCAAAAGGCUUUUGAGAAUGUGUAUCUGAAAGUUCAGGAAGGAAUGAGAAAUCUGGUCAGAGCUGAUGCAAGUCCUGAAGAUCUUUUGGACAAACAGUGUAAUGGAAAGGCAGUUUUGCUGAUGCUUAUAACCAUGGUUCUGUGCUGUAGUCCAGUCUGUGAAAAGCAAGCGUUGUUUGCUAUUUGCCAGUCUGUGAAAGAGAAUGGAUUAGAACCUCACCUUGUGAAAAAGGUUUUGAAAAAAGUAUCUGAUGUUUUUGGCUAUAAAAGUAUAGAAGACUUCAUGACAUCACAUUUGGACUAUUUGGUGAUGGAGUGGCUGAAAAUAAAUGACAGUGGUUAUAGCCUGUCUGCUUUUCCUUAUGGUCUUCUGAACUAUACUAGCCUUGAGGAAUUCUACAGGUCUUGUUAUAAAGUUUUGGUUCCACACCUGGUGAUUAGAAGUCAGUUUGAAGAUGUGAAAUCACUUGCCAACAAGAUUGAAAAAGACUGGAGACAGGUUCUAGCAGAUUGUUUUCCAAAGAUACUUGUGAAUAUCCUCCCGUAUUUUGCCUGCCAAAGCCAUGGAGAGAGUGAAGUAGCAGAGCAAAGAGAUACAGCGUCUAAAGUCUACGACAUGCUUAAGGAUGAAAACUGCUUAGGAAAACAGCAAAUUGACAGUUUAUUUCAGAAUAACUUACCAGAGAUCGUGGUUGAACUGUUGAUGACCUUACAUGAACCACCCGAUAGCACAGUAGAAGGAGCUCAUCUAAGUAAAUAUAUAAG